CAUGGCGGAUAAUCAUCUGACACUUUGGUGAACGUUCAAAAUGUCCGUUGUUUCGCUGCAGCUAGGGCAAUGUGGCAAUCAGAUAGGCGGAGAACUAUUUAAUACGUUAAUGGAAGAUGCAUCAAAACUAAAUCCGCAGUUUAUUUCGAAAAAUGUUGAUCAUAAAGUUAACCAGGAAUACAAGGAAGAAGUAGUGGAGAGAUUCUUUUCACGAGACAGAACAGGAGCAGCCAAUGCCCGGGCAGUUAUGAUUGAUAUGGAAUCAAAGGCGAUAUCUCAAACUCUUUUAGAGGCUAAGAAGUCUGGAAAGUGGACAUAUCCGUCGGAACAGCAGUUUUGUCAAAAACGUGGAUCUGGGAACAAUUGGGCUCAUGGAUUCCUGGAACACGGACCAAAGUCUACAGACACUGUGCUUGAAAUGGUGCAGAAAGAGGUAGAAAAAUGCGACAGAUUCGGUGGAUUUUUGAUUUUUCUCAGCUUGGCUGGGGGAACAGGCUCGGGUGUAGGGGCACAUGUCACAGGUUGUCUUCGUGAAGAGUUUCCCCACUCGUUCAUAUUGAAUCAAGUUGUUUGGCCUUAUGGCACGGGUGAAGUGAUUGUUCAAAACUACAAUGCUAUCUUAACUUUAUCUCACUUGUAUAAGUACUCAGAUGGAAUAAUUAUCUUGGAAAAUGAUAAAUUACAGGGUAUAUGCUCCAGGUUGAUGAAUUUAAAACAUAUAUCUUUCAAGGACAUCAACAGAGUAAUUUCUCACAAACUUGCCAGUGUUCUACAGCCAGUGAAACUUUUUUCGCCUGACCAGGAACCCAAUUUCUACAAAAGAGCUGUAUCAGUCAGAAAUCUGCUAGGUGAUCUGAUUGAACAAGUCUGCCCACAUCCUGAAUAUAAGCUGACCACACUGAAGAACAUUCCACAAAUGGCUGAAAAUUCUUUGGCUUACAGCACGUACACGUGGCCUGGACUCCUAAAGCACUUACGACAGAUGCUAGUAGCUGAUGCUAGCAUGGAGGAAGGCAUUGACUGGGAAGUCAAGUUGCCUGUGCCAUCAAACCCAAAUGGUGCUGAUUUUCACCAAAGACCUGGAGAACUGCCACGAUUGAGGAGUAGAUUUAACAAAUCUAUUGCCAACCUUUUAGUGUUGCGAGGAGUGGAUGUUCAUAUGGCAGAUCUGUCUCCUUUUAAUGAUCCAAGGCUUAGUGCAAGCUGGGUACCACAGACUUGUGCCAAUGCAGUGUGGUGCCACCAUAGGCCAUUCAACCAUUAUGAAAAAUCUGCAACACUACUUACAAAUAGUCAAACUCCAGUAUUACCUUUAAACUCUGUCGUCCAGAAAGCCUGGAACAUGUUUUCCUCUCGAGCUUACAUUCAUCAGUAUUUAAAGUAUGGAAUGACUGAAGAUCAUUUUGUAGACAGUUUUGCUGCUACUGAGCAAAUCAUCAGAAAUUACUCUUCUCUCUAGGCCAAGAUUUUGUCUUACAAUCAUCUUGAAAUUCUGUGUUGGUCACUUGGUUUUGUAGAAAAGGUGUGCUAACUUUAACUCUUUAACUCCCAGAAGUGAUUAACAUGUUACUUCUCCCAGUAAUAUUCAGAUAAUAUCCAGCAAACAGGUAAUGAGAAUACUAAACUUAUCAGGUACAAGUUGUUAUCUUGAAGACCAAGUUCUUGUAACUAAUUUACAAGGAAAUCUGUAGCAUCUAAUGAGGAGAAUCAACAAUCAAAUUUUGAGAGUUAAGGGUUAUCUAUGGGAAAAUGAUUAUCAACUUGUAGCAUCUAAGUUUAGGCUACAUUGCAAAAGGUUUAAUUGACCCACUUUUCUGUGUGUAUCUAGGAAAUUAACUUCACACCUUCCUUUACUACCUUUGGUAAUUGUUUUUAGGACAUGGUGUAUGGUGAAAGCUCAGUUUACAGCUGUCUCUUUCCUUUUCUUUUUGCAAUUUGGCCUAGUUAAAAUUGAAAAAUUAUCUUCAUCAAAUUUCCAUUUGAGAGAUAAGGGGUACACUGUAUGCAAAACUUUUUCUUGGAAAUUUCAGCAAGGUGUGCUAUAAAUAAUGUGCAGGUCACAAGCAAAAGUGGAUAGAAAUUAGUCCAAAGUCAAAGAGAAGUAAAAUUUGAAGUUAGGUAAACUGCAGCAGGAUAACCAGUGACAGACCACAAUUUGGAUCCAUUAGAAUGCAGACUUUCAUCUAUCAAGUGUCACUGUUUUCAUCUUAGUAUGGAUACUCACCAGAAAAUUAUCUCUUAAUGAGGUGGAAACAUAUAGGGCUGUUUAUAUGCACCACGUCUAACCCAAACCAUGGUUUUAGGCAAUCAGUGGGCCACAGGUUUUCUCUAAAAGAGGGUUGAUUCAACUAAAUGAAUGUCCUUCCACUAUUAGCUUUCAGCCCUCAUGAUGUAUUUCACAUCAAUAGAUAUUCAGAUGAAAGGUCCCACUAAAUUGAGGAUUGUUUUGGAUGUGGCUAAACUUUGUUUAUAUUUUCCUUGGUAUUUGGUAGCCAAAUAUUUGAACUUCUUAAACAACCAUUUACCCCCAAGUGUAAAAGUAUGUUUAUGAUAAAAUAGGUACCGGUAUGUUUAUAAUAAAAUUAAAAUAAAACCCACCCUUCAAAAUUCAGAUGUUGGGUAACAAAAUGUUGCAUGUAUGCACCCAUUUAGGAUACAUUUUUCUGCCAUGUGUCUAGC